ACGUGCGCCGCGCGGCCCGCGGUCACAAGGAUGGUUUCCUAACCAGCACGGGAGGACGCGGGGCUGAAUCCGCACAGCUGAGGAAGCCGCGUUUGUAGUUUUCCCAGGGGCUCUGUUCCUGGGACCCACAAUGGAAAACUUAGACGGUCAGGAUCGUGGGAACCACAAGCUUCCCAAGGUCAAGAGCUCAAAGGAGUGGCUGGCGCCGCAGCCCCUCAGCCUCAUGCAGGCAUUGGCUAGAGAAGAUAAUAAUGCAGCUAUUCAAUCAAUAUUAUAUAGAGAAAAUUAUAUAAUUAAGGAACUGGAUAAGUGCUUGCACCAACAUGACUUCUUGAACGAGAGAAGAAAAGAGCUGCUACAUAAAAGAUGGGUUGACUACGUGGCAGAUCCUCUGCAGAAGAAAAUUAUAGAAAAAGUUUGUUCGCAUAAGAAGAUUAAAAAAAGGAGACAAGAGGAAUUAGACAGUUUUUUAAAAUAUGUCAAUCAAAAGGGAAACGUGUUCUUAGAGCACUACGAUCCGAAAGAGUACGAUCCUUUCCACAUGAGCAAAGAGGACCCAGAUUUCCUGAAGGUCACCAUCCCACCGUUCUGUGACCCUCUGAAAAAGGCACAGUGUGACAAAGAUGAGGAACAACGAACUCUUCUUCAGUGUGAGACUGGCAAAAUGCAUACAAUGAAAGAAUUUAAAGAGGUUGAGAAGGCCAAACGGCAUUCCAGAUUCCCAAGAAUUUCUAAUUCAAGGUGCUUCAUGACUCCAAAUGAGUGGAUUAGACUGUCUGCAAACUACAUAGAAAGUGAAUUUUGUAAAAGGAGCAGGUAA